GGUGGCAAUCGACCAUCCAGAAGUGUCCCAAUGCACUUAUCACGGCUAUACACAACACAAUUAGCCAAUGCAGGCAACUUCUCUGGACAGUAAAGCUGCUGGACAUAUCUGGGGUCUGGCUCAACGAGCAGUCCGCAAAUCGGCCUGGCGGACGUCAAGACGAAGGGGCAGUGCUGAAGUUCAUCCUGUCGACUGGCAUAUCCUCUGGGAGUUUGUCAAACCCCAGCUCUUUGCCCUUCAUGGUGCUGUCGUGUUACCCAAUGAGACCUGGCCGACAGAUCCUGAAGAACUUCAACCUCAUCAUCCCCGUCUCUAAGACUGUCGCUAUCGUUGGAGAAUCAGGAGGGAAGUCUACAGUGGCCUCCUUGCUGGAGCUUUCCUUUGACCCCAGCAGUGGUGUGAUCAUGUUGGAUGGCCUGGAUAUCCGGACACUGGACCCAUCUCAGAGGACAAGCCAUUUGAUUCAUAAUUCAGGACACUGUGCUGUGAUGGAGAACAUUUGCUUUGGUAAGCGGGGGCUACUGAUGCUAAGGUCAUUAAUGCUGCCAAGCAGGCCAACGACCACCGCUUCCUCACAGGCUUUCCAGAUGGAUACAACCCUGUGGUGGGUAUCUUCUCUUCCUAGGCUGGAAUUGCUGAGCAAAGGAGGGCUGCUGACAUCAUCUGCAGGCAGAGAUCAGAGGGAUAGAUGUGAACAGUACUUUGCAGAGCUGCCAACUCUCACUUGAUUGGCCGUGAGAGAAACGCACGCAUUUGACCCUCUUUCACGCUCUCACGGCACACCUCUUAUAUCUCACAAAUUGUAAAGUACUGCUUUUAUUUUUCAAAUUUGUCCAUUGUAUAGUCAGCACGUUAACAAAUUCUUUUGAAAUCGGAGCAUCUGCGCCUGCAAUUUAACAUCACGAGCGGAAUCUCUAUCAUUGUACUAUCAUUGUCCUGUCUUGCCACAGCACUGUGAACCGCUUCCCAUUGAAGCAUAUGAUUGGUCUAGUUAUGUAAAGGAUCAAGGUGAUUGGAUGCAUGUUUUAAAGAAACAUUCCCUCAAGAUUAGAGUGGAGCUGAAUGGAGAGAGAAAAUUAUCUACUGAGUUUAUAAAACUAAAGAGAGCAGCACGGUAGCGCUGUUUCAUGUACAAUGUUUUCAAUAAAAUUAGGUUGUAAGUUUGAUUCUAGAAGGGGAACAUUAAAUAUAAAAUAAUUUGGGUACAGUGUAGGGGCAGAUGCAUGUCAUAUUGUCUUCAGGAGAUUUUAUUAGCUAUUUACUUAGUUUAGUCUGAUCAAUAGAACAAUUCUCAUUCUUAACGAUGGGCUAAAAUAUUGGGUAAUUACUGUGCUUGUCAGCAAGAACACUACUGUUAUUCCCCACACUUAUUUUAAUAUUCCACUAAUCACAUAUUUGAAAUCUGAUAUGACUACAGUGCAUUCGGAUAGUAUUCAAACCCCAUGACUUUUUCCACAUUUUGUUAUCUUACAGCCUUCUUCUAAAAUUUAUAUUUUUGUUUUUCCUUUUAUCAAUCUACAUACAAUACCGCAUAAUGACAAAGCAGAAACAGGUUUGAAUUUUUUGUGGGAAAAUGUAUUAAAAACUGAAAUAUCACAU